AUGAUCACCAAGUGUAUAACAUACGCGGCACUGCUAGCGGUGCUGUGUCUGGUGAUCUCACUCAACAACUACUACUUCCGGGAAUCGAACGACGCAAUAUCCUACGCCGACCGAGACAUCCUCUCCACAGACAACACGGAAUCAGCAGCAUCAGUAAAGGCAGCAGCACAAGCAGAGGAGGCUCUGACUACAGCUCGUACUCACAAGAAGACCAAGUCUGGACACCGAAAGAUCCUCCUCAAGAGUGGCUCCAUCGACACGCACACCAUCGAGUCGAUCUCUCUUGGCCAAUCGACACUGCAUGCGGCGACAAGACACCAACUCAACCACUACAUUGUCCAGAUUGCACAUGUUGUGGACGAUGAGCUGCGCACCAAGCUCGAGGACUUCCUCACCGAGCAGCCACGCUCCCGCAUCCUUGCCUAUCUGCCAAUCGACUCCUACCACGUCUACAUGACCGCUGCGCAGGCUCAUCAACUCGAUACCAUGCAGUGGAUUUCCUGGGUCGGCAAGUACGAGGCCAAGAACAAGAUCCUGAUCAGUAAGCAGCGAUUGGACAUGGAUCAUCGCGAGGCUAUGGACCGUGUACUGGUGGUCCUCUCCUUCACCCCCGACGACGUCAACGAGCAGUCAGAAUUGAUUAACCGCUGGUCAACUCAACUAAACAACGUUCUUCGUGGUGAUCAUGCCACCGUGUCUAUCCUGCCCGAGUCUGGCGGAGUCACAUCCCGUCUGAUAACCACUGUCCGCUGUGCAAAGGGCAAGGAGUGCAGACUGUCACGUGCCGAGAGACACGUCUACACCUGGUUGUCUGAACAGCCAGAGUCGAUGUGGAUCGAGAAGAUGGAAGUGGUCAAGACCGCUAAUCGUUAUGCACCAACUGUCACACUGGCCACCUCGCAAGGCAGCAACCUGCCACUGGACUCAUACGCCGACAUCCCCAUCCGUGGUGAGAACCAGAUCAUCGGUAUCUCUGACACUGGUGUCGACAUGUCUCAUUGUUUCUUCAGCGACGUCAACAACCCAACGCCCUUCAACACGAUCAACCUCAACCAUCGCAAGGUCGUCGCCUACUUCUUCAACAACACCCUAGGAGAUGACUCGGAUGUCGUCAGAGGACACGGCACUCACGUUGCCGGUUCCAUGGCCGGUCUCACUGCCAGCCCCUCACAGCCAAUCAACCAAUACAGAGGUACAGCGUUCAAUGCCAAGCUUGCCGUCUAUGAUAUCUCAACUGCUGGCUCCAAUCCAGAGCCAGGCGAUUAUAACACAAUGUACCAGGCAGUCUAUGAAACAGGUGCGAGAGUCCAGGGCGAGUCAUGGGGCUCACACUCAAACAAUGGCUACGACGCGACCUACGGAACACCAAGCCAAGCCAUCGACGCUUUUGUCUUUACUCAUCCCGACAUGCUGAUCGUCAGAGCUGCAGGUAACGAGGGAGCCAACACCUACAUGUCCCUGUUGACCCAAGCCGUAGCCAAGAACUGUCUGACUGUUGGCGCUCAGAUGAGCACAUUCGACAGCUUCAAGACCUAUGAGGACUUCUUCGACUAUGACACCAGUGCCCAGAAUACCAUCCCCGCAUUCUGUGCCUUUGAUCCAAAGUACUGCCCAUACACUACCACUCAGUGCUGCACUGACAAGGCUACCGUUCCAGGUCUAGCAGGUUGCUGCCCUCAAUCAUUGAAGGAUCGUGACCUCAAUACUACAAGCCAGCCAGCUUCAGCCGCACUACUCAACCAGAACAACAUCGCACCGUUCUCAUCCAAAGGACCAACUCAUGACGGUCGUAUCAAGCCAGACAUUGUAGCACCAGGAAUGUUCAUUGUGUCCUCUCGCUCCAACGGUGCCAACAACACCGAUCAAUGUGUUGGCGCUGGUAUCAUGUCGCCCGACACUCUCCUCGCUCUUGAGGGCACAUCAAUGGCCACUCCCCACGUUGCCGCUGCAGCCAGUAUCCUUAGACAAUACCUCACUGAGGGCUACUACCCAUUCGGCAGCCCCAACGCCUCCAACAUCAUCGCCAAGCCAUCGGCCGCUCUUCUCAAGGCCAUUUUGAUCAAUAGUGCCAGCCCACUCAAUGGCACAAUGACCAAUCCAGAGGGCAAGACCAUCCCAGUCCCAGCCAACCUCCCCUUCCCUGAUGCAUCGUUUGUCCAAGGUUGGGGCGCCAUCAAGUUGGGUAACUUUAUGAAGUUUGAUGGCAUAGCCAAUGCGGCCAAGAAUGUUUUCUUCAUCAGUGGCCUCGAGAGCAAGGAUAAAGCAUCUGACUGGGUCGAGCCCAAGGUCGGCACAAACCAGAACGUCAGCUAUUGUGUCAAGUACACAGCCAACGGCGCCACCAACCCCGCCUCCAUCAGAGGUACCCUCGUCUGGACUGACCCACCCGCCUCCCCAGGUGCCGCCUACGACCUCGUCAACAACCUUGACCUGCGUCUUCAGGUCGACAACCUGAUCACUCUCGGUAAUGGAGGUGCCAACGCGAUUUCUGGUCUGGCCUCCACCCCAGACACCAUCAACAACGUCGAGCAGAUCACUACUUCUGCUGUCAAGGAUGGAGUCAUCUACAAGUACACAGUGCUGGGCACUCGUGUUCCAAUCGGCCCACAGAACUUCUCGCUUGUGAUCCAAGGAAGCGGCGAGGGCAACUUUGAGUGGACCUUCUGUCCACAGUGUGGUACUGGAGACAUUGCCAUCUGUUACCCACCCAAUGGAGUUGGAACGCAGAGUUGCCAGAGCAACCUCAUGUGGACCAAGUGUAUCGUCAGUUCAUGUAACUCUGGUUACAGCUACAACUCCUUGGACAACACCUGUUCCGAGUUCCUCAGCUACAACUACAUCAUCAUCAUUGUGGCCGGUGCCACCAUGGUCCUCCUGAUCGCACUGAUCUUCCUGGUCAAGUACUGCGAGCACCGCGACAAGAAGAAGUACGCCUACGACGAGUUUGGCCUGAGCAUCAACCAGAAGCCCAAGGAUGCCAAGGUGACCAUCCCCGAGCUCUACUCACUAGUCAGCCCAUUCAUCUACCGUCUUCUUUUCGCCACUGGUUGCUCAUUGGUCGCUACUGCCGCCAACAUCCUGCAGCCAUUCUACAUUGGUAUCAUUAUCCAAGACAUCCCAACGACCAAAUCGAUCUUGGACCUGACCGUGCAGUUCAUCAUCAUCUUUGUUCUCGCCUUUAUCGAGUUCCUCUUCUCCACACUCAGCUCAUGGGUAUCUGGUAUCGCCAGUGAGAUGAUGGUAAUGAGCAUCCAAAACAAAAUCUUCCGCGCGAUCAUGGCACAGGACAUGGGCUUCUUCCACAAGAACAACACGCCAACAUUGAUCAAUGUGUUGAUUGUUGAUGCGCCAAUGCUUAGAUCAGCGGUGGCCGGCAUUAUCAUGACAUUCGCCACUGCCAUCUGUAAGUUUGUUGGCAGUUUGGUGUUCCUGUUCACCAUCUCUUGGAAAUUGUCGCUGGCAUUCUUCGCCACUGUGCCCAUCCUGCUGAUCACCACCAAGGUACAGUCGACCUUCACCAAGAAGCUCACACGUCUAUUGCUGUUCAACAACUCGCGUGCUGCCCAGCAUGCCUCCGAGUCCAUGGUCAACAUGCAGGUAGUCACCACUUACUGCAAGCAAGAGUACGAGGUCGCGCACUAUGCCGAACGUCUCAGGAUGGUGUUCACGACUGCACGUCGUCUGAUCAUCACCAACACCUUCUCGGGCUCUGUCAAGUGGCUGAUGGUUGAGUCGCUGGCCUUCACCGUGCUCUACUAUGGUGCCUACCUGUCGAUCAACAAGGAGUUCUCGGUCGGUCUGCUCGUGUCCUUCUCGCUGUACGUCGGUUACGUGGUCGAGUCUUCAUCAUCCCUGUUCGGUAUCUACGUGAGCUACGUCCAGUCGCUGGCCUCAUCGCACAGAGUCUUCAUGAUCCUGCGCUCGGCACCAAGAAAGAGAUCGACUCUGGAGGAGGAGCGCGCAGAUCUCGAGGAAGAGAUCCGCAAGAUCAAGGCCGCCAAGGACCUUGAGGAUAAGAACAAGGGUGACGACGAUGACGACAACAACAACAACAACAAUGGAGGUACACCAGGCGAUGACUCGAAGCCAUCGGACGACAAGCCAACGGGCGGCGACAAGCCAACUGGCGGUGACAAGCCAACUGGUGGAGACACCGACAAGCCAUCGGAUGAUGACGACGACAACAACAACAAUGAUGGCGACGACAAGAAGAAGAGAAAGAAGAGAGAGAAGAAGGAGAAGAAGGACAAGAAGGAAAAGUACGAAGAGAACACUGGUAUCGCCGUGAUGGAGAUGACCAUGUUGCCAUCGCACUACGUCGAGCUCGAGGAGGUCAAGGGCUCCAUCGAGUUCAAGAACGUCUCGUUCAGAUACCCAACCCGUCCCGACAUUGAGGUGCUUCACAACAUCACACUGAAACUCGAGCCUGGCAAGUGCUACGGUCUGGUCGGUCCAUCGGGCUCGGGCAAGUCCACCUGUCUCGAGCUGAUGGCCAAGUUCUACCAGCUCAAGGACGGCGCCAUCGAGCUGGACGGCGUCGACGUCAAGAAGAUCCGUCCCAACAACCUGCGCUCGCAUCUAACCAUCGUGCACCAGCAGCCAUACCUGUUCGACAAGACGAUCCGCGAGAACAUCGGCUACGCCAUCGAGAACGCCACCGAGGAGGAGGUGCACGAGGCGGCCAAGAUGGCCAACGCCCACGAGUUCAUCCUGGAGCUGCCCAACAAGUACGACACACAGCUGGGCCAGGCCGGCAACCAGUUGUCCGGAGGCCAGAAGAAGAGAAUAGCCGUCGCCCGUGCUAUCUGCUCCAAGAGAAAGAUCAUGUUGCUGGAUGAGAUCACCGCCGAACUCGAUCCAGAGAGCGAGGAGGCCAUCACCAACUCGAUCAAGAAGCUGACGCAGGGCCACACCGUGGUCAUGGUUGCGCACAAGGUCGCUGCAGUGCGCGAGUGUGACAAGAUCUUUGUGUUGGAGAAGGGAUACCUGGUCGAGGAGGGCACUCACGCCGAGCUGCUAGACAAGCGUGGCAGGUACUACAAGAUGUUCUCCAACAAGUCUCAAGCAGAGGAGGAUGAGGACCUACCAUUGUCUCUCUGA